AACUGGAUUCCAUAACGGGGCGGGACCAAAUCACUCCGAAACAGAAGAGUGGAGAAAACAAGGAGGAUUCCUAAACAUUCAAAGUAUUUCGUAAAAAUUAACCUUAUUAGGGGAUCAGCAAAAUGGAAGUUAUGACACUGUCGUCGACAGACGAACCCCAGAUCGAAUCUGGAGAAGAUCGGAAUCCCGGAGAGGUAACGUUACUGCAAAUUCGCUUUGAGAAAAACCCCAAUCAAAAACUCAAAUACUUGGAGGGUGAACCCAAAAUACUAGGGGUAACACAAAUUGCGUUUGCUGUUUUUUUCACAAUUAUGGUUGUGAUGUUCUAUAUGAAUGGCAUGGACAAAUAUGCAGAUGUGGUCAUGGUCGUGGGUGGCAUUGCCUCGAUGAUCAUCAUUAUUGCAGGAAGUCUGGCAAUAGCUGCACAGAAUCUUCACCUCCCAACUCUAAAGGCUUGUUUAGGAAUGCAAGUGGUGGCCUGUAUGGCCUCUGUGAUAACCAUAUUCAUCCAAAUAAGUAUUUUACCUCCAGUAAAUAACUGUUGGGCAUCAGAACUAGAAUCCCCUCAAAUGACAACAUGCAAAAGUUUCAACACUGGCUUUGAAAAUUACCUGGGAAUACAAAAGCUUGUGAUGACAGUCCACAUUGCCCUUUCUGCCACUAUAGCUGCAUACUGCUGCAAGGCCAUUCAGUUCUGCUCUCCAGUGUCUAAUGUGCCAGUAAUCACGGUUAACGGCCCUCCAAAUCCUCAGUGAAGAAAGAUUUAGUGAUGAGCAGUUCAGAGCCAGGAGCACUAUAAAAAGAUAUAUAUCCACCUACAUCUAUAUAACAGCGGUUUGUAUAACACGAAAAUUGACGAAAUUGACAGUUAUAUAUCUAUGAAUUACUGUGAAUUUAAACGUAAUAUUUUAGAUUUUAACAACAUGUUUCUAAUAUUCCAACACAUUUAUUCAUAUGAUUUGCAUUGACUUUCUUUUCCAUAAUCUAAAUAGUGGGCAAAACCAGUAUAGUCUAUGUGUCAUUUCUGUCCAUCCCAUGGCACUGAACAGAAAUGACUAAGAACUUCUAUAAUGGCUAUAAAGUCCCCCAAGUUUUUUUUUUUUUUUUACAGUAUUCAUUGCAGCAAUAGUCAUCCUCACGGUUUCUAGAUUCUUUCUAAUGGCCAUCUGUUUCCAUCCUGUUUAAACAUGCAAAAAGAACAUUUGUGAGUAGUAAGACAACAUUACAAACAACUUGCACCAACAAAGAACAGGGCAACAAUAAUGCUUCACAAAAACCACCAAGACAAAGUACACUGAUUUAUUGUUCAAUAAAUAUUUCACACAUGAUUUCAAAUACAAAAUAAUCACAUCACAGUUGUUUUAAAAACACACACUAUCCAGUAAUUAUUCUUGUCUUGACUGAGCUUACAAAAUGUUCGAACAUGUAUUACUGCGGAAUUAAAAUAUUUUUUUUCUUAUUUAAAAA